GCUACAGCUUUGGGUCUGCCGAGUUCUCACCGGAGCGUGAUUAAAUUAAAGAUGAGGAAGCGAGAUUUGGCGAUUCUCAUGCUCUCUGCUUUCGCUAUCUUCUUCUCUCUUCAGCACGAAGGCGACUUCUCCUUCCGUGAGGCAUGGAUGCACCUCUCCGACGACUACCCCAUCAAGUACGAAGCCGAGCGCCUCCCGCCGCCGAUCGUCGCCGAUCUUAACGGCGACGGCAAGAAGGAAGUCCUCGUCGCCACUCACGACGCCAAAAUCCAGAUUUUGGAGCCUCAUAGUCGGCGCGUGGAUGAAGGAUUCAGUAGCGCGCGUGUUCUGGCUGAGGUCAGCCUUUUGCCGGAUAAAAUCCGAAUCUCCUCCGGCAGACGCGCGGUGGCGAUGGCUACCGGAGUUAUAGAGAAAGUGAGGCCCGGGCAGAGAGCCAGGCAGGUUUUGGUGGUUGUUACGUCCGGCUGGUCUGUAAUGUGCUUUGAUUCCAAUCUCAAGAGGCUGUGGGAUGUUAAUUUGCAGGAGGAUUUUCCGCAUAAUGCUCACCAUAGGGAGAUUGCGAUUUCGAUAACCAAUUACACUCUGAAGCAUGGGGAUUCUGGGUUGGUGAUUGUUGGCGGAAGGAUGGAAAUGCAGCCUCAUAUUACCUUGGAUCCUUUUGAAGAAAUUGGGAUGGCAGAGAGAAGUGCUGAGCAGCAUAGAAGAAAUCUAACUGAAAAGGAGGCAUCUGAAAAUUCUGAAACUGUGGAUUUACGCCAUUUUGCACUAUAUGCAUUUGCCGGUGGUUCUGGAAAAAUUAGAUGGACUAGAAAAAAUGAGAAUAUUGAAGCACAUGCUUCAGAUGCAUCACAGUUGAUUCCCCAGCACAAUUACAAACUUGAUGUUCAGGCUUUGAACAGUCGUCAACCAGGAGAAUUUGCAUGUAGGGAAUUCAGAGAAUCAAUCCUUGGAGUUAUGCCGCAUCAUUGGGAUAGAAGAGAAGAUACUAUGUUGAAACUUGCACACUUCAGGAGGCACAAAAGGAAAACAUUGAAGAAAACAGCAGGAAAGAAUACAAACUACCCUUUCCAUAAGCCUGAAGAAAAUAAUCCUCCUGGAAAGGACUCGUCAAAAAAGAUUUCCAACUUAAUUGGAAAAGCUGCCCAAUAUGCUGGUUCAGUGAAAUCCAAGAAGCCAUAUCAAUAUAUCCCGACCAUCACAAAUCACACUCAACUUUGGUGGGUCCCUAACGUGGUUGUCGCUCAUCAAAAAGAAGGGAUAGAAGCUGUUCACAUAGCGUCUGGUCGCACUCUUUGUAAGCUUAAUCUUCAAGAGGCUGGUCUUCAUGCAGAUGUAAAUGGUGAUGGUGUCCUAGAUCAUGUCCAGGCUGUUGGCGGAAAUGGCGCUGAACAGACUGUUGUUAGUGGAUCCAUGGAAGUGCUCCGUCCUUGUUGGGCCGUUGCAACCUCCGGUGUACCUGUACGAGAGCAACUAUUUAAUGCUUCUAUAUGUCAUCAUUCAGUUUUUAACUUAUUCCAACAUGGAGAUUAUUCUAGAAGCUAUGGUCGAGCUCCUGAUUUGGCUUCAUUGGAAGUAGCAACACCUAUUCUCAUCCCAAGGAAUGAUGGCCACAGGCACCGAAAGGGAAGCCAUGGUGAUGUUGUCUUUUUGACAAAUCGUGGUGAGGUAACAUCCUACUCACCCGGCUUGCACGGUCACGGUGCUGUUUGGAAUUGGCAUCUGUUAACGGGUGCUACAUGGUCAAAUCUUCCAUCUCCAGCGGGGAUGAUGGAAGCUGCUGUAGUGGUCCCUACACUGAAGGCAUUCUCCUUGCGUGUCCAUGACAAUCAGGAAGUGAUCCUUGCGGCUGGAGACCAAGAGGCUAUCGUGAUAUCGCCUGGGGGAAGUAUUUUAACCUCCCUUGAGCUUCCAGCAUCACCUACCCAUGCCUUGAUUGCUGAGGACUUCUCAAAUGACGGGCUCACCGACCUCAUUCUUGUGACCUCAACUGGGGUGUAUGGGUUUGUCCAAACCAGGCAACCAGGAGCCCUCUUCUUCAGCAUACUAGUUGGUGUCCUCAUACUUGUGAUGGGAGUCAUAUUUGUCACCCAACACCUGAACUCCAUAAAGGGCAAACCUCGUCCAUCUGGUCGGUGAAAGUAGUUGUGCUUGCAUACUAGUAAUUCAUCUGAAGACUGCCACAGCCCUGAUGAAAGUUAGAAGAGUCCUUACGACAAACAAACUCAGAAUGGGCAUAAGCUGGUGGAGGGUUAAAUUUGAAAAGAUAGGGACUGCAUCUCAUCAAGGAUUUCCCCAUCUUCUGGGUAUGAAGGAUAUUACAAGCUGCCAUACACUAGCUUUAGUUGCUUCCCUUUUGUUCACUGUGAUAGAGUACUGUAGCGGUUCAUUAUACUCGGGUCAGGUUUUUCAUGUAACAGCAUAUUUAGACGUAUGGGAAAACCCUAACACUACAUUCAUAGAAAAUUUUGGUAUAUAAUGGACAGACUUGUGUUUUCACUUCGACUAUGCCUUGUUUAGCAUGAGCUUGCCGCUUAAAGUUGAAA